AUGACAACUACACAACCACAAAACUGGACCCGCGGCGACUACGUGGUUUCCACAGACCCUGCCCUUCUCCAGGUUGACGCCAUUAAUGCGGCACUGAGCUCAGAUAUGGUUUGGUGGGCUGGGGACCUGCCAGCCGAUGCACUCCGGGAUGCGCUCCAGAGUUCAAUCUGCUUUGGUCUUUAUCACAAAACAUCCCCAGAUAUGAACGGUAACAGUAAGCCUCCCGGUGGCAAGGCUGAGCAGCUCGAACAGGUGGGGUUAGUCAGAGUGAUUACCGACGGUGUAACAUUUGGCUAUCUCACAGAUGUAUAUAUUCUACCAGAGCAUCAAAAGGGCGGACGUGGUCGUUGGAUGCUUGAGGUUCUCAACGAGGUUUUGCAAAGCUGGCCGCACCUCAGGCGGGUGAUGCUUCUUACCACUGACAAGAUGCACCUCUUUGGAAAGAAUCUGGGCAUGAAAGACUACAGGGAGUUCGAUGGGAUGAAGGGCGUUUCUAUUGCUAUGUUAGAAGGCCCUGGCGCACAGCAUUAA